UAGUCCGGCUGCAGCGGGCGGGAACGGUCUUUUCGGCGUGGUGGAGGAGGAAGACUCCUGUGUCUGCGUUGGGAACCGGGUCAGACCGAACGGUGGGGGCCGCGGGUAGGGCAGGCCGGGGCUCUUCGUCGCCUGUCCGCACGGAGUCGGCACUGAGGUCGGGCGAGGCGGAGCGGGCCCUGCUCGGGGCCUUGGGCUCUGCCCAGGGCCUUCGCAGGCCGCGUGGGCUCCCGUCGCUGUCGGGAGGUACCGAGGAGAAUCCGGCCAGGAAGGUCCUCUAGGUGCCGUGUGCUCCCUGCCUACAUCUCUUAGCGCGCUUAGAGCCUCUUGUCGGUCUAACCACGGCGUGUGUUAACACCAGCAGCUUGACACCACGUGGCCUCCAAACUUGGAUAUUCACAGUUGGAAAGCACCAUACAGAAAACUGGGUAAGGCAGAGAGAAAGUGAUGGCUCAGUCAGAAGGGAACUCUGUUGACUGCAUGACACCUGAUAGAGCUGAUGACACUGGAAACCAAAGUGAUGACUCAUCUGAAAGCUUAUUUAAGACACAGUACAUUCCUUUACCCACACAAAAGCAAAGAAACCCUACUGCAAAACGUGUUAUUUCACCUGCGAACGUUGAAACUGACUCUUCAAGUGACUCCUCUAUAGAACCAAGGCCUUUGACUUUAAAGGCCAUUUUUGAAAGAUUUAAGAAAAAGAAACGGAAAAAGAGGAAAUACAAGCCAAAGUUGAGACCACGGGAAAGACCACCUGGAAUAAGAAGAAACCCUAGGAGGUCACAAAUAGAUAGGAAACAAAUUAAAAACAAAGGAGCUGUGCUUCCAUUCUUAGAAUCUGAAAAUGGAAGAAAACCCUUACCUUGGAAGAAAAUUUUAACAUAUGAGCAAGCUGUUGCAAGAGGAUUUUUUCACCACAUUGAAAAACUCAAGUAUGAACACCAUCUUAAGGAAUGCUUGGAACAAAUGCAUGCUGGGGAGGAUUUAGAAAAGGAAGACUUUGACAGCCGAAGAUACAAGUACAUGGAUGAUGAUGGUCCUCUUUCUCCCAUUGACGAGCCAUUAACAGAAGAUGAGGCAACAAGCCCUGAGUCUGAAUGCGAUAUCAAAUUGGUUCAAAACAGUUGCUUCAUAAUAAGCUCAGAAUUUCCAAAGAGAAAUUUAGAACAAAAGAAGACUAAGAAGGAAUCUGCAUUCUCUAAAAAAAACUAAGGGUAAACAUACUGCACAAGAGAGCACGCGGAACGGCCUGGAAAGGAGAUGUACAUCUGACUUAUUAAAGAAGGUAAAGAACACUCAGAAACAGUGACUUACUAGAAAGACAUGACUACAGGUGUUUCAUUUGGCAAGUACAUGAAGAAAGGACCUGAGCCAGCCUGCGAAAGAAGCCACAGAGGACUGAGAAAGCAAAUACUUAAGAAUUUCUUUUUAGAGCAUUAAAAACAAUUGUGAUAUUGAUCCUGGGAGAAAAAUGCUAAUAGGAAAUCUUACACGUCUUUCUGAUUUCAGGAACCCCAGCCCAGUGACUGGUUCCAAAGUUUUUAAAACAGAAUCAUAUCUUUGUGAGUGUUUAGCUUGCAUGAAUGUGUGUAUACAUCCUAGUACCCAGGGCCCUUGGAAAUGGAGUUUACAAAAUGGUUAUUAACCAGCCAUCUUGUGAGGUGAGGGAUGCAAGCUAAAUCACAACCUCUAAGAAUGCUUUUCUGUGAACAAACUUUUCAUACACUCUCCCAAACACAGCUCUAGGAUGCUACAUCCCUGUGUGCUAGCUUCUAAGUGUGUAGUUCUUUAGUUAAAAAGAGUGUGUCUUCCCCUAAGGAUGCUUCGUACAUCCUGUGGUCACAACUGUAAAGCUGGCUUUUGUGUCAGAUUUAUUUCUAUGGCCUUGGGCAGCACUUGUAUGUUUUGUUCAGCUGGUGGACAAAGGCAGGUUAGACAGGUGCAAAAAUAAAUCCUCUUUUGCAACCCAGAA